AUCAUAACAAAACAAAUGAGAAGAACCACACCUCACUACCACCGUCGCUCUCUCUCAUCUCAUGAUUUAUCGUUCUUCAACUUCUCCCUCGAAAGCUGGGCCUCGAUAUCUGCACCUCAAUCUCUAAGCCUACUCUGAAAUUGCCAAAAGGGGCUUUUGGGCUUCUGGAUCAAUGGGCAAAGAUUGAGCGUGAGGAGGGUUGCUGCUGCUGGUAGCUCGUUGCUUUUGCUGCUGUUGAUGUUUUGUGUCUUGAGAAGUUUUGUGAAUCUAUGGAAUCUUAUAAGAGGUGGGUUAGGCGGAACAAGGACUACGUGCACUCCUUGGAGUCUCUGGCCAAUGGAUUUACAUGGCUUCUUCCUGAAAGGUUUUCUGAUUCAGAGAUAGGUCCAGAAGCAGGUUUUGUGAAAUUUUGUAACUACCAUUUUGGGCAUAAUCACUGCUAUCAAUGAACAUAUCAUUGAUACAGCUCCUACUCGGAUGCAAACAGGCUCCGUGGAGCCUCAUUCAUUUCCAUACUCAUUAUGCAUAUCUUCGCUCAAGGACUUGGAAACAUUAAUUGAAGUUAUAGCACAACAUUACUAUGGCGAUGAUAAGAAGUGGAAUUUUAUUGCUGUUACAGAGGCUACCAAGGUUCUAGUUAGGUUAGCUUUGUUUCGGAACAGUGGAUAUAAGAUGCUUCUUCAUGGAGGGGAGACACCAAAUGACGAAAGGCAAUUAGAUUCUUCAACAUCUCGACAUAAAGUUGAUGGUUUCCCAAAGUAUGGAGGGCAUCACGGCCCUGGUUACUUAAGGACAAAUCACGCACAGAACCCCUGGAAUCUAGAAGGAAGAGCACUAUCUGCAUUAAAUACGUUUGGAGAAACUGCUAGGAUGGGUUCAGACCCAUCAUGGUUGCAUAGGGUUCAACAUCAGCAUGCGAUUAUGGAGCUUCCAAGACCAGUGAUUCAGAGGCCAACCAUUUCCACCAUAUUGUCCGAAAAGGGUCUUCAUGGAGCUUUAUAUCUAGCAGGGGAAGUGCUUUUUAUUACAAGACCGCUUAUUUAUGUUUUAUUUAUCCGGAAUUAUAGGACUCGGUCAUGGAUUCCUUGGUUUCUUUCACUGGCUGUGGACUUUGUUGGGAUGGGCAUUCUUUCAAAAGUUACAAAGUCAGGGGGUCAUACAGAAGAGCAACAGUUUCAUCUUUCCGUCUCUGAAAAUGAUGAGGUUAAAAGAAGGAAGCUGUUAUUGGCACUUUACCUUAUGAGAGACCCUUUCUUCAGCAAGUAUACCAGGCAAAGACUCGAAAGCACCAAGAACAUUUUGGAACCUGUACCGAUUAUUGGGUUUCUUGCUGAGAAAAUAGUUGAACUAAUUAUUGGAGCUCAGACGCGGUACACCUACAUGUCAGGAUCAUAAGACAGAAGCCAGCAAGAAGUUACACCUCUUACAGUUCAAAUUUCAGGAGAUUAUAUAAUUUGGUGUGUGAUAGUCUUGCUUUGGUUCACAAUUUUGUCCCUUUCAAUCUGUAGAAAUUGGCCUAGAUGGCGCUGGUAUUAUAAGCAUUGACCUUCGCAGAUGUUUAUUAGUCAAUCACGAAUUCCUUUGUUUUUGUUGU